CAACUUCCCAGAAACCAAAGCCACACACAAAGCUAAAAAUGUGAACAAAUUAAAGCCCUCAUCAACCACCACCCUUUAAUUAAAACCCUUUCAAGCACAUUACCUGUACCUUGGUUGGCAUGUUGCAUCUAUAUGCACACUACUCCUUCCCAGAACCUCUUAUUCAUUUCCCCCUCCUUAUUUAAGCUCUCCUCCUCCUCUCCUCUUAUCUCACAACACAAAGUUUAAUUAGUUAAAAUGGAUUCAUUAGGGUUUGAGGAUUUCCUCCCCUCGAUGGCGCAGAAGCUCGGCGCGGAAGGGCUCAUCGAGGAGCUGUGCAAGGGGUUUCGGCUUCUGAUGGACUGCGAGAGGGGCGUGAUCACGCCGGAGAGCUUGCGGAGGAACGCGAGGAGGCUGGGGCUUGAAGGGCUGGAUGAUGAGGAGCUGAUGGGGAUGAUAGGGGAAGGGGACUUGGAUGGGGAUGGGGCUUUGGAUCAGAUGGAGUUUUGCAUUCUCAUGGUUAGGCUCAGCCCUGAGCUCAUGCAAGGGUCCCAACAGAUGUUUGAAGAGGUUAUUCUUGGGAUGUAGUUGCAUUGCAUGAUCAGUUAUACGUACACAUUUUUGAUUUGUGCUACAACAACAACUCAAAAGUUAAUUCUCAUGCAAUUGUAAUCGAUCCCCCCUCUCUCUCUCUUUCUAAUUUACAGAUAA